ACUGCUACUAUUAGAGGCUAUUUCUGGACGAGUAAAUCAGACCACAACACUAGACUGUAACUUUUGAAACGCAUCCAUACCACUGCAUGGCAGAUAACGAGCACGAAGUCGUGGAGCGUCAAGUUGGCAAAGGAUUCGAGGCCAGCUUUGACCUCGACGAUGCAUUCUCAGAUGGUGAAGAUGGUGAUUAUAACCUCGAGUUCAGCUCCGCAGCUAUCAGGAAACAUCUCGCGGAGAACCCCAGUUGGGUCGGAAAUCAUGACCAAGAAGAUGACAGGCAGACAGAGCAUAGCUCUACGCACGGCGACCAUGAUACAUCGAUAUCAACGUUUUGUCUCGAUGGGAGCUCAAAUUUAUACUUAGAUGCUAGAUCUUCUUGCUCGUCACCACCACCGGAAGAACAACUUGACGAGCAGCAGGUUACUCAGGACUUCUCUGAUAUCACACUCUCAGAAGAACUGAAUGCAAACGGGCAUUCGACUACCCAUGAAGAUACCCAAGAGGGAGAUGCCUCCGCUCUACGAGAUACCUCCCCUCUGCGGGAUACUUCAUAUCCAGCCGUUCACAUUGACGUCAGUAAAUCACCGCCAAGUCGCGUAAUAACGAGCACGGGCGCAGAAAACAAUAGCGAAGAUAAUCAUGAUCAGGAAGACGAAGUGGUACAUCCGGUCUCGAAUGUAGUAUCUUCUUCCUACCUCCCUGCCCCUACUCCGAGUCAUGAUAUUCCACCAUUACCUUCAUCCCCAUCUUCCCCGCUACCGAAAAGCCCAACAACACCAACCACCAUAAGCAAUAGAAGACAAACGUACUCAGCGGGACCAAGUGCCUUCCAGAGAGUAAUGAGCAAGACACGCCCUCAUUUCCUGCCUCCGAAGAACCGUCAAGAAGACCAGAAACAUAUGGCGGACUGGCAGGCCAUGAUGAAACAAAGUCGCGCUGCAGAGGAAAAACGGCGGAAAGCACUGCAAGAACGACGUUUAGCUCGCGAGCUUAAAAUCGAGCAGUCUGUGUACAAAUGGGAGAAGGAGAUAGUCUCUGAUUGGCGAGUUGUUUAUAAAAAUCCCAAUCUCCGCAAACUUUGGUGGAAUGGCAUACCUGCGAAACUACGUGCUUCUAUGUGGCAGCAAGCUGUCGGUAACGCACUCGCUUUGAGCAAAGCCUUCAUCGUAUUUCAAGAUAACUACAAGAACUGUUUCAAUCGAGCUACCCGCGCACUUUCGUCCGGUUCAUUUCCUGCUGAAACAUUACAAACCAUCGAGCAAGACAUCUUGUCCACCCUUCCUGCCCUACACAUAUUCCACCCCGAAACUGGGCCGCUCUACCAGGACCUCAAGGAUAUGCUGUGCGCAUGGGUCGUCUCUCGUGCAGACGAGGGUCUGGGAUAUGUGCACGGGGCCGCCAAGAUUGCCGGGAUGAUAUUACUCAACAUGAAGCCACAACAAGGUUUCGUAGUGAUGAGAAAUCUCUUGGAGAGACAUUGCAUGAGGUCAUUAUAUGGCAGCGUUGCUGCCAAGGAUGACGUCGAAGCCUAUUAUCGGAUAUUUGACACGCUCUUAGCCGACUGCAUGCCAAAAAGUAUCACCGUAUAUAUCAUCUUUCACCUGUUCGACUUAACUCAUUUUCCUCUAGUGUACUUUAAUUUCAAGCAACACCAAAUAUCGCCUGGUGCUUAUCUCCCUGACUGGCUUAUCCCGCUAUUCUUGGACUAUCUGCCCUUCGAAGCAUGCGCACGCCUAUGGGACGUUCUCCUACUAGAGGGGGACUCUUUUCUUUUUCGUGCUGCUCUAGCUAUUCUUGCAGUCCUUGAACCUCGACUAUUCUUCCCCGACCGACAAGAGCUUCUAGACCUCCUCCGAGGUGAAAAUAAGGCUGCACUGGAAGUAGCCAAGAGGGAAGGGCGUUUACUGGAUGGUGCAAAAUAUGACAUCUACGGCAUAGACGAAGAGACACUUUGGGAACGCAUUGAUAGUAUGGAGGACUGGUGGAAGGAGUCUACAUGGAGACGUCUGACGCAGCGAGAACUGCCAGAUUUGUAGAUUGAAGAUGUAGUACUAGUGCACUAGCGAGAACAUCACGUUCGAGUCAUCGUGCAUCACAGGGAAAAAUGGA